AUGGCGAACAAACCAAACCUCUCACCAGACUCCAAGAUCAUCAUCGUCGGCGCCGGCAUCUUCGGCCUCUCCACCGCCUUACACCUCACCAAACGCGGCUACAAAAACAUCCACAUCUUCGACCGCCAACCCUUCGACAAAAACCACUACGCCGAAGACCUCGGCGCCCACGGCGCCUCCUGCGACCUGAACAAAAUCAUCCGCGCGAGCUACGGCGGCGAGAAACUCUACCAAGACCUAGCCUUCAAAGCGAUGCCCGUCUGGACGCAAUGGAACGACGAACUGGCCCGAUCCGAGAAGGCAGAUUUACCGGAGGCGUUGGAUCCGGAGAUCAAGCUGUGGCAUAAUUGUGGGUUUUUGAGGCUUUCGCGGGAUGGGUUGGAGCGGAAGGAGAGGGAGACGCAGGAGGGGUUUCCGGAGGGGAUUCGGCAUACGCAGUUUCGGGUGAGUGAUGCGCAGAGAGUGCGGGAUGCGGUGAGGGAGGGGAUUCCGAAGACGAAGAUUGAUCCUUUUCGACGCGGGGAGAGGGGUUUGCCGGUUGAUGGGGUGUUGGAUAUGACGGCGGGGUUUGCGUUGGCGAGUCGGGCUUGUACGUGGGUGUUGCAUCUUUUGAAGAAGACUGGAUCUGUGACGACGUACUUUGGCGAGGGGAAUGGAUUGGAAUCCCUCACUCAGACCGGCGAUAAAAUCACCAGCAUAACCACCAGCUCCGGCUCCACCCACCCCGCCGACCUCGUCAUCGUAGCCUGCGGCGGCUGGACGCCCUCCCUCAUCCCCUCCACCGAACCCCUUCUCGAAACCACCUCCGGCAGCGUCCUCGCCGUGCAACUCCCCCCGAAAACCUCCCGCCCGGACCUCUGGUCCAAAUACAGCGAAGACAACUUCCCCGUCUGGUCCUGGAACAUGGCCUCGUACACUCCACACUCCGCUGACCACAUCGGCGGCCUCUACGGCCUCCCCGUCACCCCCGAGGGCGUCGUCAAAGUCGCGUUCCGCGGCGCGAAAUGGACGAACUACACUCGCAAAACUUCAGACGGGAAAACCGCCCUCUCGUACCCGCGCACGGAUCUCGACAAAGUCCCCGCGGAGGCGAUGCGCGUGCUGCGCUCGUUCUGCGAGGAAAACCUCCCGGAUUUAUUGGAGUUGCCGUUGUCGACGAUUCGGCUGUGUUGGUAUACGGAUUCGGUGGAUAAUUCCUUUCUGAUUGAUUAUGUGCCUGAUGUAGCGAAUCUUGUGGUGGCGAGUGGCGGGUCGGGACAUGGGUUUAAGUUUCUGCCGGUGUUGGGGGAGUGUGUGGUGGAUGUGGUGGAGGGGAGGGACACAGAGUACACGAGGUUGUUUUCGUGGAGGGAUGUUCCGUCUGGGAAGCGGAAUGGGUUGGAGGAGGGACCGGAGGGGUGGAGGGUGUUGGGGAAGCAGAGGUUGGUGGGCGGGAGGGAGUGGAAGGGCGGGGUGGGGAGUAAGCUGUAG